AUGAACGCGUUUAACGACGCCAUUCUGUUUGAGAAGCUAUCGAAGCUGAAUGCUUCGCAGCAGAGCAUUGAGACGCUCUCCCAUUGGUGCAUUUUCCACCGGAAGCGCGCCGACCAGGUGGUGCAGACAUGGCAGAAGCACUUCGCGAGCGCGUCGCAGGAUCGCAAGUUACCACUGCUGUACCUCGCGAACGACAUUCUGCAGAACAGCCGCAAGAAGGGCCCCGAGUUCAUCCAGGAGUUCUGGCAGGUGCUGCCCUCCGCGCUCCAGGACCUCGUGCGCGUCGGCCCCGACAGCACGCGAAAGUCAACCCUCCGCAUCGUGGACAUAUGGGAGGAGCGCAAGGUGUUUGGGCAGCGCGACGAGCCGCUGAGGAAGCUGCUGCUGGGAGAUCUCGCCACCGCGCCGCCCGCCACGUCAGCCGCUCAGGCGGACGAGCAUCCAGCCGCGGCAGCGGCUUCCACAGCUAAGGUGCGCGGGCCGCUGGAGCGCAUAUCAUCGGUGUACGGGGCAGUGCAGGAUGCGAGCAAGGAUGAGGACACGGCAGUGCGGCGGUGCAGUGCCAUCAUCAACGAGCUGCAGACCAUUGAGAAGGAACUCAACGCGCUCAAGUCACCUGCCAAUGCAUCAGAGGCGGACGAACGUGCAGUGGUGCUCGACAGGCUGGACACGAAGCGGCACGUGCUGCAGCAGUGCUGCGACCAGAUGGCGGCGUGUGAGAGGAAGCGAGCGCUGCUGGUGAAGCUGCUCACAGACGCGCUCAGGACGCAGGAGAGCAAGCUGGAGCGCCUGAGGUCGCAGGUGGAGAUCGCGCGCACGCAGAUUCUCUGUUGUCUUCCGCAAUUCCCGCUCGUUUCGUUCCCGAUUCCCCUCAUGCUUUGCUCCGCCGCCGCUGUCGCUGACCUCGCCAUUUGCAGACGAUCGUUGUGUGACGGUAGAAGGUCGUGCGACAGUAGAAGGUCGUGCGACAGUAGCCGUCAUCCGUGCGACAGUAGCCGUCAUCCGUGCGACAGAGGUUCAGGCGUCGUCGCGCGCUGUUUCAUCCGCCCCCCUCCGUCGUCGGCGCGACCACCCGCGCUCGCUGCGCCGUUUCCUUCCGAACCACCUUGCCCCGCGCCUCGACUUCCCCACAGCCGCGCCCGCGCGUGCCGCGCAUUGCGCUUCCCCCGCGCUGCCAUGCCAGCAACCCGCGCGGGAGCUUCUGCUGGGAACGGCGGGGAGAGCGCAAGCGCGGCGAGACCGCAGAUUGACGGUUCCAGUGGUGUGGCGGCGGCCGCAGGCAGUGGUGACGGUGGCGGCGGCGGCGGCAUUGGUGGCGGCUCGAGCGAGUGGCUGGGAUCUGUUUGGAGCGCGCAGGAGAUCGCUGACGUGGCGGGCGGCGUCGUCAUCAGAGACGGCCCGUCCGGGCGCGUCUGCACUGACACGCGCCAGCUGGCGCCCGGCGAUUGGUUCCUGGCUCUGCGAGGGCCGCGAUUCGACGGCGCGGAUUUCCUGGAAGAGGCGGCGCGGAGGGGGUGCGGGGGGGCGGUUGUUAUGGCGGACGGACGGGGGGAAAGGGGGGAAGCGAAGAAUGGGGAAAAUGCGCUGGAGGGGGGCGGCAGAACGGAGAGCGGGAAUGGGGAAGAGGGGGGAAGCGCGGAAGAGGGGGGAUGCGCGGAAGAGGGGGGAUCCGCGGAAGAAGGGGGAUCCGCGGAAGAGGGGGGAUCCGCGGAAGAGGGGGGAUCCGCGGAAGUGGGUUCAAGAGAAGUAAAGGGAGCAACGGAACCAAACGUGCCUCCGAACCUGCUGCCAGAGGGGUGGCAGGGAGGGUUUGUGGUGGUGCCAGACACGCUCGGCGCUCUGCAAGGCUUGGCGAGGGAGGCUCGGCGGAGGUUCGGCGGCGUGGUGGUGGGGGUGACGGGCAGCGUGGGGAAGACCACGGCGCGGGCUUUAACUGCCCUCGCGCUCUCGCCCCUGGGGGCCGUGCACCAGACCCAGGGAAAUCUAAACAACCACAUCGGAGUGCCGCUGACUCUCCUAGACACCCUCAUACCGCACGCUUCUCCCUCUUCCUCAUACCGCAACGCUUCUCCCUCUUCCUCUCCCCUUCUCCCUCUUCCUCUCCCCUUCUCCCUCUUCCUCUCCCCUUCUCCCUCUUCCUCUCCCCUUCUCCCUCUUCCUCUCCCCUUCUCCCUCUUCCUCUCCCCUUCUCCCUCUUCCUCUCCCCUUCUCCCUCUUCCUCUCCCCUUCUCCCUCUUCCGCUCCCCUUCUCCCUCUUCCGCUCCCCUUCUCCCUCUUCCGCUCCCCUUCUCCCUCUUCCGCUCCCCUUCUCCCUCUUCCGCUCCCCUUCUCCCAUCGACCCUCUCCUCCAUUCCCCUUCAUAACCCCCCCACCCCCCUUCCCCCCCUCAUACUAGCUCUCCCCCAGUCCGCAACAGCAUGUGUGGUGGAAAAGGCGAGAUCGCCCCCUACCCCCCCUCCCCUCAUGGUGGAAAUGGGAAUGAGUGCAGAAGGCGACAUCGCCCUCACCUCUGCAAUCGCUGCUCCCGCCAUUUGCGUGCUUCUCAACGUCGGCCCUGCUCACAUUGGCGAUCAGCACACGGGCACUCCUAAUUCGCGCGGCGAGAUCGCCCUCCUCUCCGCCAUCGCCUCCCCCUCCAUCCGCGUGCUUCUCAACGUUGGCCCCGCGCACAUCGGCGACCCCUCGUUGGGGUCACUGGAGGCCAUAGCAGAGGCCAAGGGGGAGCUGCUGGCUGAUGCGAGGGCGGGUGAUAUAUGUGUGGUGAAUGGGGACGACAGUCUUGUCAUGGGGUUGCCAAUCAGGAAAGGAGUCAGAAGGAUCACAUUUGGCCGCUCACCCGGCUGCGACGUGCAGCUGCUGUGGGCGCGCGCAGUGGAUGGCGGCAUGGCUGUGGAAGCCUCCAUUCGCAACAACCUGGCACGCACAGGGGGAGCCGCAGCAGAAGCAGCAGCAGGAGGACGCGAAUCGCAGUGUAGCAAAGAGGAGAGUACUGAUCCAAGCAGCAGUGCGCUGAGUGCCGGAGCCAGGGCCGUGCGUUUGAAUUCCGAUGGAGACAUUGAGGACACAAGGGGUGUGCAUGGGGAGGGUAGUAACCUCGACAACAAUGUGGUGCGAGUGCGAAUCAACAGCCCCGGGCUGCAUCUGGCCGACAACGCUCUUGCUGCAGCAGCCGUGGCGGUGGCGGCAGGCGUGCCGCUGCCAAUGGCGGCGCGACACAUGGCGCGAUACGAGCCCAUCGGGAUGAGGAUGCGGGUCGAACGGAUACGGAGGGGGGGAGGGGAGGGAGAGUAUGAAGAGAGGAUCGAAGCGAAGGGAGAGGGACAUGAGGGAAAUGGUGUGACUGUACUGAAUGAUGCUUAUAACGCCAAUCCAAUCAGUGUUGCUUCGGCUCUUCACCUUCUGCAUCAGCUUUCGCUGGAAUCAACUGCCUCCUCCGCCACCUGCUCUUCCUCCGCCACCGCCGCCUCCUCUCCACCAGUCUCAGGCCGCCACGUGGCAGUGCUGGGCGAUAUGCUGGAGCUGGGCAGCCAAUCAGAGAGCGCACACGUGGACGCUCUCUCUCUCUGCCUCUCCCUUUCGGGAAUCUCUCUCGUCCUGACAGCUGGCACUGCCUUCAAGUCCGCUCUGUGGAAAAUGGUGGGGGAGAGGGCGAAGGGAGGUGCUGGGGAGGGAGUGAGGGUCGCUGGUGAGGAUGAUGGGGAGGAGAGCUACGUAAAUGAAGGUGAUGUGGAGAUCGGGGAGGGGAAAGGUGGCUGUCUGCUCUGCUUUUUCGGAGAAGGUGCGGGGAGGCGCUUGGAGGUGCAUGCGUUUGAUUCAGCGCAAGACCUUGCAGACGCUGUUACGUUAUCUGGCCGCGUUGCAGAGUCUAUUGUUGAAGCACCUAAAGAAACGAUGGACAUGGGUUUGAUACGGUUGGGAGAUGUAGUGUUGGUGAAGGGGAGCCGAGGAAUGCCUCCGCUCAACCUCUCUUCAUCCGUUAAAUAUCUCCGAAGCAUGGCGCUCGCCGCAUCCAAUGGCGUGGCAUUUGGACUGAUGGCUCCAGAAGCGGGUAGAAUCUCGACAACCGGUUUCUCUGAGGCCAAGUCAGUUGCCUUUCUCGCUCCUCAGCGCACAUCUCUCUCUAGCAAGCCCCUCACCGCCUCUUCCCCGCGCCAACGCCUUCCGCAAAGGCCCGCGCGGCCAGUAGCCGCGGUCGCGGCGGAAACCGCCUCCGCGGAAGACGAUUCUGCGGACGUCCCACCGCCGGGGUGCUCGCGGAUCAAAAUCGAGCUCGCGCGCCCGCUGGGGCUGGUUCUGGAGGAGCGCGCGGGGGGAAUUUUCGUGGCGGAGGUUGCGCGCGGGGGGAACGCGGAGGCGACGGGGCUUGUGGACGCGGGCGACCAGCUGAUUGCGACGAGUGCGAUCGUGUUCGACGACAGCGACUCGUACGGCGGGGUUGUCGUGAAGAAGGGCAUGCGGAUCGUACGGUUCAACGUUCGCGGCGAGAAGUUUGAUACGGUCAUGGCUGCGAUCGGGACACACCCGUCGUAUCUCAAGGUCGCCAUAGAGCUGCAGAAGUGCAAGCCGCUCACCAGGGACCCCUCCACCUCGUAG